GCCAUAUAAAUGCAUGGAGUGUGGAAAGGCCUUUAUUCGGAGUAGUCAACUUGCCAUAAAAUGAUGCACACAGAGGAGAAGCCAUAUAAAUGCAUUGAGUGUGGAAAGACCUUUAUUCGGAGUAGUCAACUUACUUGCCAUAAAAGGAUCUACAGAGGGGAGAAGCCACAUAUAUGCAUGGAGUGUGGAAAGAGCUUCCGUGACAAUGCAUCCCUUAAGGGCCAUAAGAGGAUCCACACAGGGGAGAAGCCACAUAAAUGCAUGGAAUGCGAAAUUACCUUUAUUCGGAGAUGUCAACUUACUUGCCAUAAAAGGAUCCACACAGGGGAGAAGCCACAUAAAUGCAUGGAGUGUGGAAAGGGCUUCUGUGACAAUGCAUCCCUUAAGGGACAUAAGAGGAUCCAUGCAUGGGAGAAGCCAUAUAAGUGCAUGGAGUGUGGAAAGACCUUUAUUCAAAGCAGUCAACUUACUUGCCAUAAAAGGAUCCACACAGGGGAGAAGCCAUAUAAAUGCAUGGAAUGUGGAAAGACUGUCAGGAUGGAGGCUGAGUCUGAGGAGGAGGAGGAUCAACUAAUUGCAGAAAAAGCAAGGGAAAGCCUUGAGCAGCAAGAUCCAGAGCCACUGAUUGAAGACAGACAGAAGGCAGAUUCUCCACCCCCUAUCGGUGUGCGACAAAGGAGGCUGGAGAAGCGGGCUGAGCAGCGAGAGAAGCGGUUAACUCCUGCCUGAAAAAGGUGGGAAAGCCAGAGAUAUAAAGAGCAACAGAAGCAAGAGCCAGUUGUGGGAGACAACCCUUCUCUUCUCCCUGCCUUGUUCUCGGAAUGCAUCUCCUCAGCCAACCUCCUUACCUUGUCUGCUGACUCUGAGCCUCCUGCCUCUGCUGCCUGCCCUGCUGCCGCACCGCUGUUUGCCUCAGAGCCUUGUCUUGGUACCGAGGUCCAGCCUGCCUCAGAGUCUUGCCUUGCUUCUGAGUCCAGUCUUU